AUGUCAGAAGACAAUCUGAAUGAAUUGAUUGAGAGGAAAGCGAAUGUUACGAAUGAAUUGCAGAGUUUAAGAGAGAAAAUCGAUAAGGAAGGAGCUAAAGCUGCGGUGCACAAGUUGAUAUCGCUGAGGCAGGCAUUGAAGGAGCUGGAAAGGCAAGAGCUUGAAAUCCAGUCUUCUAGUAAUUCUGAAUUGGAUGCUGAGGUUCGUAGAUUGGAGGACCAAAUAGCAAAUGGGUAUGAUGGCCAGACUGUCUCUGAUGAAUUGGAUCGUCCGUUGAGUGAAUCAGUGGAGAAAAUUGAUUCAGCUAAAAGGGAACUUGCAGCUAGAUCAAGGGCAGUGCUGGCAGUGCAGCGCCAGAUUGAUGAUGUUCCAUCUCAAUCAGAACUCAUCCAUUUGAAGGAUUUAGAUGAGUUGGGUAGACUUCAAAUGCAACUUAAAUUUCAAGAUGCAAUCACUAGCACUGAUGGUCGCAUGAAACUUAUUAACUCCAUGGAGGGAAUCAUAAAGGGCAGUCAACAGAAGCUACUAAAGGUACAACUUGGACUUAAAGAAGAGCAAAAAGUUUGUGAUGCUCUGAAGGCAAAGCAUGUUGCAGCAACUGCAGAGCAAAGGCACUGUUAUUCUCUCUUAAAAGCUUUCCAGGAGGAAUGUACAAAGAAUGAGGUACUCAGAAGAAGUGCCACUUAG